AUGGCGCCCAAACAAGUCGAACGAUGGUCUAUGUACCCUGAUCUUGACGCCGAUGUGUCACGUCUCCUCGCAGACUCGGGCCUUUCUCUCGAUUUCCAUCAGGUCGACGACGGCAAAGACUCCACCCGAGCCUGGGACACGAACGUCAUGGGCCGCUUCAGCUGCCACAACAAGAACUGUCGAUCAACCGGCUGGUCAAGCAAGAAAAUCGCCAUUACAAUCCGGAUGUACAAAUACAUCCCAAGUGCAAAGUACAACGCACGCGUAUAUCAUCAGCGCUGCAAGAGCUGCAACAGGCUUAGCCGCCCGGUUCUCGACAGCUCGUAUGCGGAGCGUGUUGCAUACCGUCUAAAGAAGUGGCACGGGAUCCAAACAGAAACGGCAGUUUACUCCGGGGGCAGCAAAGGCCCACACAAUAGUCGCCUCUGUGAGGGAUGCAAGGACGGACACUGUCGUCAGAUGGAGUAUGGUGGAUUGGUUGAAGCAAUGCAUGGGCUUUUCAUCUACUAG